AUGUCUUGUUCGCCGCAUUACUGGUCGCUCCGAUGUGGGCGCUUGGAACGGGAGUCAGGUGACUCCAGCGCUCUUGCGUCGCAGCUUCGCGAGAAGUUGCAGCAUGAGAUGACGCUGACCAACCACUGGCGACAGCAAGUCGACCUUCGACAUUGUCGGAUGUCUCUCUUCGUUGCAGAGCUCAAUCACUAUAAUUUCGCAGGCGAGCCUCUAAAGGGUAGUUUGGUGUCGCUUAAGGGACGCCACAAGACUCGACCACAGGUGAUCGACCCCCUGCUCCCGCCGCCAUUGAGCGGCCUCUGCGGGAGUCUUCUCGCACCCUCAGCAUAA